UCUUCAUCGUCAUCGAUCUGCAGGGCUUGUCACCAUCGCUAAUGUUGACUUAGUUAAGUCUUCGUGGAUUAUUCAGUACUGAGUUUAUUGAAAAUAGCAAAUGCUUGAGAAACUUUUACUUAAUGACUGCUUCCAUCUUUCCUUGACACUGCUCACGUUGAAAUGUGUUGCCGUCGAGUCGACUCCCGAGUCAUAGCGACCCAAUAGGACUGGGUAGAACUGCCCCAUCGAGUUUCCAAGAAGCGCCUGGUGGAUUACGAACUGCCAACUUUUUGGUUAGCAGCCGUAGCUCUUAACCACUGCACCACCAGGGUUUCCUCUCACGUUGACGGUAGUGUUUAAAUCUUAAACCUGAUUUUCUCUGUACUAGGUUGAUUGUAUCUUGAGAUCGAUUUUUGUGUGCGUGGCGGGUGCUAAUUGAGUCAUUGAGGUAAAUAUUUAGUUGACUCUCUUUUCCUCAAAAAAAAGAAAAAAAGAAAGAAAGAAAUUACCAUAUUUAGUUCUAUUUUCUUACUUUGGCAGGGCAGGGAAAAGAGGCUGCUUGGCCACAUGAUGGCUUGGAUUUGUUUACCAAAAACAGAGCUUUUUUGUAAAACGUAAUGUAUUUUAGAGCAGUUUAUCUUUGGAAAAAAUUAAGAUUUUUUUGCUUCGUUAGGUUUCAUUACUGUUGUAGAGUACUAAGUAAUACCCUAAUUUGUCAUCAUCAGACAUUUCAGUUAGAUGGUUCCCAAAUACCAUGUGACAAUCAUUUACAUCUUCCUUUUAAAAAUACAGUCACCUUAUUUGUUGUCUAAUACUUGUUUUUUUCCCCCCUAGGAAAAAGCAUUAAAAAUUCUAAAAAUAUAUUUUUCCCUUCUCUAUGGACUUAACAUAAAAUUAAUUUUGUUUGUAUUUGGAUUUAUUUUUAAAAAAUCAACACCAUAAACCCGUAUCAGUUAUUAAAAAUUUGGAUAGUUAAACCAUGAGUUGUGGAAAUGAGUUUGUGGAAACAUUAAAAAAAAUUGGUUAUCCCAAGGCUGGUAUGCUGAAUGGAGAAGAUUUUGACUGGUUGUUUGAAACUGCCGAAGAUGAAUCAUUUUUUAAGUGGUUUUGUGGGAAUGUGAAUGAACAGAAUGUAUUGUCUGAAAAAGAAUUGCAAGCUUUUAGCAUUCUUCAAAAAUCAGGCAAGCCCAUCCUAGAAGAAGCAGCAUUAGAUGAAGUUCUUAAAACCUGUGAAACUUCUGAUUUGAAGACCCAAAGCGUGGAUGACAAAGAGCUAGAGAGAUUGGAGGAGGAGGUUCAAAUUCUGCAGAAAUUAAAGAACCUAAAAAUCCAACGACGUAAUAAAUGCCAGUUGAUGGCUUCAGUAAUUAGCCACAAAUCUCUGAGAUUAAAUGCUAAAGGAGAAGAGGCCACUAAAAAGCUGAAGCAGAGUCAAGGAAUUCUAAAUGUUGUGAAUACUAAAAUCAGUAAUGAGCUUCAUGCUCUUACAGAUGAAGUUGCAAAAUUGAUGCUGUUCUACAGACCUUCUAAUUUAGGACAAGGGACAAAUCCAAUGGUGUUUUUAUCUCAAUUUUCCUUGGAAAAAUACCUAAGCCAGGAAGAGCAAAGCACAGCAGCAUUAACCUUAUAUACCAAAAAACAGUUCUUUCAGGGUAUACAUGAGGUAGUUGAAAGUUCAAAUGAAGAAAAUUUUCAACUGUUAGAUAUACAGACACCCUCUAUUUGUGAUAAUCAAGAAAUCCUUGAGGAGAGACGACUAGAGAUGGCUAGGCUGCAGCUGGCUUACAUUUGUGCUCAACAUCAGUUAAUUCACUUGAAAGCAAGUAAUUUGAACAUGAAGUCAAGUAUAAAGUGGGCAGAGGAGAAUCUUCAUAGCCUAACCAGCAAGGCUGUUGGCAAAGAAAAUUUGGACCUUAAAAUUUCAAGCUUGAGCAGUGAGAUUCUGAAACUUGAAGAACAAAUCACCCAUGUGAAAAACAAAAGUUUGCCUGCUAUUGUAAAAGAGAAUGCCCAGUUAUUGAAUAUGCCAGUUGUAAAGGGGGAUUUUGAUCUGCAGAUUGCUAAACAAGACUAUUAUACGGCAAGGCAAGAGUUAGUUUUAAAUCAGUUGAUAAAACAAAAGGCAUCAUUUGAACUUCUACAUUUAUCAUAUGAAAUUGAAUUGAGAAAGCAUCGGGACAUAUAUCGUCAACUUGAAAAUGUGGUUCAAGAACUUAGUCAAAGUAGUAUGAUGCUACAGCGGCGAUUAGAAAUACUAACAGAUCCAUCAGUAUCUCAGCAGAUAAAUGCAAGGAAUACUAUCGAUACCAAGGAUUAUUCUACUCAUAGACUUUACCAACUUUUAGAAGGAGAGAAUAAGAAAAAAGAACUGUUUAGAACCCAUGGAAGCCUGGAGGAAGCAGCUGAGAAAUUGAACCAGGAUAUUUCUUUAUUACGUGAUCAGUUGGCUGUAUCUGCUCAAGAACGUUCUUCCUUUAUGUCCAGACUGAAUAAUGAUGUGGACAUGCUUUGUGAUGCUUUGUAUCAAGGAGGAAAUCAGCUUUUGCUUACUGAUCAGUGCUCGGCACAUGAGAGAGGCAUUCAGUAAUUGUUCAGUAUAUGGCAGUAUGCAAAACAGUUUACAUAUCAAGUACUUUUAAGGAGGU